AUGCUCUGCUCCUGGACGGUGCUCCUGCUCGGGCCGCUGCAGCUCUGCGCGCUCGUGUGCGGCGCCCCGCAGGCUGCGGGCCAGCAGCAGCCCCCGCGCGAGCCGCCGGCCGCCCCGGGCGCCUGGCGCCAGAGGAUCCAAUGGGAGAACAACGGGCAGGUGUUCAGCCUGCUGAGCCUGGGCGCCCAGUACCAGCCUCAGCGCCGUCGCGACGCGGGCGCCGCCGCCCCGGGGGCCCAGCGCGCCGCCGGCCCGCAGCAGCGCACGCCGGUGCUGCUGCUGCGAGACAACCGCACGGCCGCCGCCAGCCGCCCCCGGCCCGCCGGCCGCCACUGGUUCCAAGCCGGCUACGCGUCGCCUGGGGCCCGCGACGCCGGCGCCUCGCGCGCUGGCAACCGGACGGCGCAGGGCGAGCCCCCGGCGCUCAGUAACCUGCGGCCGCCCAGCCACGUGGACCGCAUGGUGGGCGACGACCCGUACAACCCCUACAAGUACUCGGACGACAACCCCUAUUACAACUACUACGACACGUACGAGAGGCCCCGGCCAGGGAGCAGGUACCGGCCCGGCUACGGCACCGGCUACUUCCAGUACGGUCUCCCGGACCUGGUGCCCGACCCCUACUACAUCCAGGCGUCCACGUACGUGCAGAAGAUGUCCAUGUACAACCUGAGAUGCGCCGCCGAGGAGAACUGCCUGGCCAGUUCAGCGUACAGGGCAGACGUCCGAGACUAUGACCACAGGGUGCUGCUCAGGUUCCCCCAACGAGUGAAAAACCAGGGCACGUCCGAUUUCCUACCAAGCCGACCGAGAUACUCCUGGGAGUGGCACAGCUGUCACCAGCAUUACCACAGCAUGGAUGAGUUCAGCCACUAUGACCUGCUGGAUGCCAACACCCAGAGGAGGGUGGCUGAAGGUCACAAAGCCAGCUUCUGUCUGGAGGACACCUCCUGUGACUAUGGCUACCACCGGCGAUUUGCAUGUACUGCCCACACACAGGGGCUAAGUCCCGGCUGCUACGACACCUACGCUGCAGACAUUGACUGCCAGUGGAUCGAUAUCACAGACGUCCAGCCCGGCAACUACAUUCUGAAGGUUAGCGUCAACCCCAGCUACCUGGUGCCCGAGUCGGACUACACCAACAACGUCGUGCGCUGCGACAUCCGCUACACGGGCCACCACGCGUAUGCCUCGGGCUGCACAAUUUCACCGUACUAGAAAGCCAGCCCCAACUCCCAACGGAUAAAUCAGUGCCUGGUGUUCUGAAGUGGGGAAAACGUAGAUAAGCUUCAGUAGGAUGAUGUAUUUUGAAAAAGGACGGAGAUCAACAAGGGAAUUUUUGUUGGGACCGCUUGACAACAAAGCACAUAACUGGAUUUUGAACAUUUACAUCAACAUUAUUUGGGAAGCUUCUAAUAUUAUUCACAGUACGUCAUGAAAUAACACAACGUUUCAAUUCUGUAGUUGCAUACUUGGCUUUCUGAAAGAACCCCAAAUUUCUUACGCUUCUUUUGUAAUUAUAAAUAGUCACGGAUGAGCCAAAAUUACUUUGAACUGAAAAAUGUUCUAAAGUGCUGGGACUUCAGUGGAUCAGCCUGUUGACCGGCUGAUGUAUGUCCUAGCCUAGGUUAAUUGAGAAAUGAUGCUCCUACCGCGUACGUCGACGCAUUUGGUGCUGAGGAAGGAAGGAACACAUUCCCAUCGGUGUCAAGAAAUGUUCUAUAUAGCAGAGAAAUGGCAAUAUAUGUAUUCAGAUAGUUAUAGCCCUCUAUCAAAGUUACGUUUACAUUUUAAAAUCCGUAGAUAGUGUUCUUUCUGUCGAGUGCACGACCUCAUCCUGACGGGGAGUGAACCGAGUAACGGGCCACCUGGCUCCCGUCAGGCGUUAAGUGAUGCUGCCCUCACUGUUUCCCAUGGGCAGAGGUCCUUGGGGUGGCAUCCUUACAGUCACCCUCCUGGGGCCGAUGGCACACGGAGAGCUGUGUAACUGGGAAGUCAUUGUGAUGACAGAUGUGAUGAAUCGAGAGAUACAGUGCCUCUCAGCAUAUCAAAGUCUUCACCGAACGAAUCUCCUUGCUCACAGAAAAACCAUACAGACGAGCCCCCCACACCACAGCUGUCUCUCAAAUGCUUAAAAAAUAAUAAUAAUGGAAAACAUCUGGGGAUUUUCAAGUUUUUUUUUUAAUGUUCAGCUUUUAAAAAGAGAACUGCUAAAAAUUAUUAAAUUAUUCAGACUCAAUGACAGUGUGUGUGCUGUGCUCUUAAGACGUCAAACCAUGUUGUCCAGGAACCAGUCACACCUGUUUGUGUGUGUCUGGAAGAUAGUCUGAAUUAACAAAGCACGUGGCAUUACCUACUAGGGAUGAUCAGCAAGGGGGAAAAAUACUUUCUGUAACACCAAGGACUGUGCUGCAUAAUGAGACAGUUGUGAUUUUGUUUUAAACUGUGAAGCCACGACAGAAUCUGGAGAUUUUUCUCUUUUGCCUAAAUUCAAAAGAUGUGUAAAGAAUUCUAAUCAGACUUUUAAGUGAAUGGUGCUGAAGCAAACGUUUUUCCUACGUUAACAGGUCUUAAAGUCUCAAGGUAUUUCCAGUGCCAGAACAGGGUAGGCAGAAUUCUCAGAGAGACUUGGUAUCCCGUCUUAUUUGUCGCAAGAGUGGUCGAGUCGACACCAGUGAUGAGCAGUGAUGUACCCUCACUGGGUGCGUCCGUGGUGAGAACAGCCAGAGAUGGACGGUCAUGGGGGCAGUCAGCGGGACACCUGGUCCUCCUGGCCGGGGCACGUGCUUCCAGCAGAGAAUACAGACAGCUAGUCUCUGAGCUGUGGGAUGGCUUCUUUGAUGGACCUCUUCGGCUUACAUUGCUUCUUAGUUUUAAGAUUGUAGAGUGCUCCUUUCAAAUGAUAAUCUUUUCUAAUAGAGGUAUUUUAUGUUAUUUGCUUAAAAAAAAAAAAAGCAACCAAAAACUACUGUCAGUAUUAAUACUGAGCCAGACUGGUGUCUGCAGAUAUCACAUCCAUCUUUUCAUUAAGAUUCUUACCCUGUAUUGAAAUCUAGCCAACAUCACAGCCUUUGGAUCCAUAGCAGAAGACACAUUUAUCACCAUUCUUUGUACCUCUUAUCUGUCCAUCCAUCAUCAUUUGAGGGUCUAAUAUAUGCCAGACACACACAUGCUAGGCAUUGAGACGUAGAAAAGACGUGCUAACUUCUGUCAGUUUUCUUUAAAUGUCAUUAUUACCCAUAAAAUUCAUAGGAGUUUUACAAAAGCACAUGUCUUUAACAUUUUAGUUAUUUUUCAUAACCAUUCUUCAUUUAAAAAUAAACAUUGAUCAUCAUAUGCAUCUAUGUAUUUGUAAUAAUUAAAAAUGUGUUCGAAGGUCCCAAAGUAUCUGCCCUUUAAAUACAAUGUGUACUGUUUCGUUGAUCUUGAAAAAGGAGUUUUUCCAAUUAGGAAAUUAAAGUUUCUUGCGAAUAAGCAAGAAUAACCUAAGUGAACAUUCCUCCUCCUGCCAUUAGCCCAAAUGUUCCCAGAUAAUUGGACAUGCCGACUUCACAUGUAACAUUUUGGGGCCUCAAGGAGUCUUCCCUCCGAAUAACUGCCAAAUGCGGAUAACACACAAUGGGGCUGAUUAAUACAGAGCCCACUUCAGCCUAAACAAAUUCUAAAUAAAACUGCUGAACACAAAAAGUAAAACUGAUAUAUGAAAUCCUAAAAGUGAGAAGAGACUGGCUUUUGUACUCAAAGACUGUGGAGACACAGACAAAUAGGAAAACAAGUCUGAGUCUCCCAUAUAGCUUGUUACCCAAACCUAACGAGAUCUUGACCUCCGAAGGCUAGGAUUCAGCCUCCCAACAAUAUGGUGACAUAGUGAAUACACAACUUGCCUAUUUCCAGAAAAAUCUUUAUAUUUUUAUAUAAUAAUUUUAUUUACAAUCUCUUCAGUAGGCAUUAUUUGUAAUAACAAAGCUUUUUUUUUUUUUGCUCUUAGAAAUCUUAUAGGAUAAUUACACUUAGAAACAUUCCCAAAUUUCAGAGUCUAGAAGAAAUGCAGUUUGUUAAAAUUUCCCUAUUACUCAGCGCUAAUCUUUGGCAGAUUACACUAAAAUAUCAAAUUUCUGAUCUGGUUGGGAGAUACUAUGUUUUACAAAUAAUUUGUUUUCAUAUUGAUAGUAUAACUGGUAACUAAAGGAUACCCCUUUUCUAUUUCAUGACUUGAACUCAUAUUCACAAUCAGUAUAUUCAAUCAGAUUUAAGUUUCAUACCAGCUAUUCCAUGUCCUGGGCCACUUUUGUACACAAAGUAUUUCAUUUAUCCUUCAAUCUAAAAUGGUGCUGAAUUAUUUCAACUUGAAUGUAAAAUGCAUUAAGUCUUAGCUCAUGGGAAUAUAAACAUUUAAUUAAUAUAUAAUUGCUUGCUUAAUUGACAUGUCAUUUGUUAUUAUAAUGUUUUUAAUGAAAGUUUUUGUUUCUCCCAAAUUUUUCAGGAAUCCUAUUUGUAGAACAUUUGUAACUUUGAAGAGCUUUUAUUUUAAAUGCCCAGACACUGGCUUUAUAUUCAUCCUUGCAUUCUCAUAUUCUUUUAUUAUAUGCCUAUAUUAUGAUUGCAAGACUAUAUAAAAAUGCCUUGAAUAAAUGAUUUCAAGUAUC